AUGAUUGUAAUCCCACUGAUCUACAUCAUUCGUAAAAAGCUGUGGGCGUUCUUCUUUCAACAGGCUGACAACAGUCGGAAGAAACUUACGGAAUGGGGGAAAGUUGAAUUCAUAUGUGAUAUUGAUAUUGAUACGCAUAGGCAGCUGAAACUCAAGAUAUUGCCAGGUAUAGACAAACCUAUUAUAAGUACAGGUAUCCUGACGUUUUCGUGUAACAGCUAGGUAUCCUAAAGAGUAGCUAUUACAAGAACGUCAUAGAAAGCACCACUUUCGUCCAUGUCCCCUUUUAUUCCCCCGGAAAUCCCCUCCCCUCCCCUUCCUAACCCCACCCCCCUUUUCCUUCCCUUUCCCUUUCAUGUUCAGCGAUUCGUCUCGCGUGCCUUUGCCAGAUGUGGAGGAAUGUGUCCGCCAAUUGAAUUUUGAUGAUGAGCUACCUGAUUUGCCACCGUUGCCACCAUUUAAGGCUUUUCCUAAUCUUCCAUCUCUACUUCUACAGAGAUCCCUCAACAGUACUCUAUCUUCAUCAGGAUAUAGAACCCUAUAGAGGAAGCUCUAAACCAUCGCGUUCGACUCUGCCGAGCCCCGCCAGUAUUAUGCCUAGUCCUGCAUCCAGUAUGUGUUCAGGAAGUUUGAUGCCGAGUCCCGCUUCCAGUAUCGCACCCAGCCCCGCUUGCUCGCCACCGGGGGAUCAUAUGGCGAGGGUACUAAGUAAACAACCGGUUAGUUUUCCUUAUAUCCUAGGUGUAUCCCUACAUGCAAUACAACUAUCGCUUUCACUGUAUUCAGGAAGAAGAUUGAUAAACUUGCUUCAACUAGUACAACCUACACUCUAGAACACUCAUCAUUAUACACUUGUUUCAAUUCUUCAUCCUCAGUAUUAGUUGGGUCCUUUUUUGCAGAAAGAUUCUAACUCCUUUUCGUCAAAAUCUUCUGUCCUAGUAGAUGUCGUAAAAGGGUAUACGCAGAAUUUUAGACCGUCACGGUUUAGGAAUAAAAACUCUGCGCCAUUUUUGGUGGCGUUUAUUCUUAAAAUGACAGCGAGCGACCCCGACGAUAGAGAGAAACGCGACGACAGGAAUAAACGCCGCUCCAAGUUGUGAAAAGCGUGCGCGGCUUUGCUUGUUCGGUGUGUUUAUUCUUAUCCCGGGAAGCGUUCCCUAGAUCGUCUCUUCGCCUAUCGUUCUGCAGUCGGUCUGGAGCGAGGCUCGCGAAAUGGUUCGAAAUUGUAAAGGAUGCGCACACCGCCCGCAGAGUUUGGCGUCCAACGCUGUCCGGCAUUCGCGCAACUCUCGGCCGCGCGCUCCUUUGGCCCUCGUUCGCUGAAGGUGGCAGGAUGAAAUCGACGACAGACGCAGGCCGCGGCGUGGCUCGUUGUUUGUCUGGCUAUUGUGUUGCGCCUGUCUCUCUGUGGCUGGGUCUGUGGUGUGUGUGGGGGCCGGCUGCAGAUGAGGACAGCGCGGCCGCGGAUAUGUUCGCCGGCGGUCGGUCAUUCGGUGUCUGUGUUCUUUGUCUUCCGUGUUCUGCGCCAUCGCCUUGGGCUGGCUGUUUCGUGCGGUUCAUUCGCCUGCAGCCUCUUGCGGCGUUGUGGCCGGCGUCGUUCGUCCACUGGGUGGAUUUGCAGGGGUUUCGAUUAAUUUGAUUCCUCAUCUCCCCCCCCACCCCCUAGAGGCUUGCGGAGCUGUCUGAAAAAACCAACUCGCUUGCAGGGCCUGCGCCAGUCUUGGUUCAGCUGACUGCGGGCUCCUGCAGGUGGGUGGGGCUCUUUUCGUGGUAGAUGCACCUGCUAAGGGCUCUCGGGGUGACCUUGGCCAGGGUUGGCGGCGUUCUUGUUCGGCUUCUUUUGGGUUGCUUCCUAGCUACGCUUCACCCUUCAGAGGCCUGCCAAUCAAGCAGAAACGCGGGCCGGCAUGCUGUGGGGUGGAUUUGCAGGGCCUUCGCGUUUUGCUGUUGGCAAGCUCGGCCUCUCUCGGGUGUCUAUCCUAGUCCCCUUCGUCGGUGAUAUCGUUGUCCGCUUUGUUUGUUUCUCGAGCGUCUCUCUGUAUUUCCACGGGGGAGAAUGUGAAGGGCCACACGAUUGUCUCGUUUCUCGGUCUUCUCUCCUCGGUUUAGGUAUAAACAGCCCUCGGCAGUUGUGCUUUUCUUGUCUUCUCCAAUUAUAUUCGAACUUUGGUUCCUCCUUUUUUCUUCGUAGCCGAGUCCUGGUUAGCGCUUCCAAAUAUCUUUGCGUCACAUGUUUUUACCUAUCGUAGCGUUGCCGCCUAUCGUUCUGCAGAUGUACCAUGUAGAUGUUGUAAAAGCAAGCCCACCAGCACGUUCAUUGAUUUAUACCUAGGUGUAAUAUUAAAUGAAUCUACAACAAGAGAACUGCACAACCUUCCACCACGACCAUCACAAGAACAACCACUCACAACAGGUGUAUUCCAGUUCUUCAGUGAAGCGCCGUACACGUCAGAUGCCAGCUCAGUCCUACACGUUUGUCAGCACAGCUGGUCCAUGCAUGUAUACACACUCUUCGACUUCGUAUACACCAUUUGAGGAGGAGCCAGUUGCUAUCUUUGAAAAACCGAUGUUGAAGCCGGUAUUUGAUAUUGCUAUCUUUGAGUUAGCUGCCGCGUCUCUACUCGGGUCGCUACGGAACCAGGCAGCUUUGAGUGAGCUGCUACGUGGUUCGAAUGAGUGAAUGAAUGAACAAUGUUCUUGAAAUCGAUAGUGUAUUGCCUUCCUAAAAAUGAUGUUCAUGGUGUUGAACACGAAUUCUUAUUGUAUGACCAUCCUCAAAGCAAAGUGUAAUUGAAGUGUCCCAUUAAUUAUCCUUUCCAACUUAAACAAGGAGAUCAAUUUCUCCUUUCAUCCAACUUCUCAACUUCCAUCCCCUUACCUUCAACCCUUUUCACAGACAAGCAAGGACAGUGUUGGUUCCACGAUGUCAGCGUCGAGCAGUUGCUUCGGGUUUUCGAGUGGCGAGGAGACGGUCUAGGUUUGAGAGUAUCUUUGAGAAGGAAAACUUCAGCUGUAGGGAGCUGAUUAAAGGUGACAAAAAGAUAGAGUAGAGAAAAAUUCCCGAAACGUACGAGAAAUGGCUGGUGGUCUACAUCGAUGGCUUUGAGGCUACUUGCAAACAUAUUUCGACGAUAUCUAUAUUAAUAAGAAAAUCAGUAUUUGUUGAGAUAGAGCAUAUGAUGUUGAUGCUGAUAGCAGAAAAACGAUUAUAAGUUCAAGCUUUCCGAGACGCGAUGGCGAUUGGGUCAUAGGACGGCAGAGUAGAGUAGGUUACGGCCUUACUGACGUUUCUGGUUGCUGUAUUUUGAUGACUUUCUGAUGUUUUAAGACGAGAAAAUAUCCUGUACAUUUGAUCCCCAAAAGCAUUAUCAAAAAAAUGAGUGUGAACAUAUCGCAAAUUUAUAAUCAGCACGUAAAUUCACGCACCCUAAUGCUGUCUACAAUUUUCGAUUAUUAUCUUGUAUCCAUUCUUAUCUUUUAUCUUCAUAUUGAACAACAUCUUACAACCAUUGUUGAUUCACACUAAAUAACCCUCUUACUACGUAUUAUCAUUGGAAAAAUACAACUGCACCUACAUCACAUUUGAUUAUCCUUGUUUGUUACGCAUCACGAAAAACUAAUUAUGUACUUCCUUCAGAGCUGUCCUUGACUAGCAGAAUAUCUUCACACUACCGUAUUUGAAAAAUUUUUCUGAAUUGAAUUCAAUGUAAUUAUCGAUUAGAAGUCAUAACUAACAAAUUAUUGAUCUUCUUCUAUUUGGUAUUUCCUUCGUAGAGUCGGUCGAGGGAUACAGACCUAAUAGCGUGUCAGCUCAAAUUUUUAUUCUUGAUUGGUAGCCGAUGCCGAGAAGCUUCUCGCACAAAAACCGGCUUAAGCAUGUAAGAAAAUUGCAAUUCCUUCAAUUGGAUAGAAGAUGAAAGAACUCGCGUAGACGUAUAGAAAGAAAAGUGUAAGAUUUACUUGUACAAACUAUCAUCAUGACUAGAAACAAUACAACGACGACGACAGGACGUCUACCAUCUUUUGCCGUAAGCACCUAAAAAUAUCAAGUCUCUGUGAGCUAGAAAAAUGUCAUGGAAUAUUAUCAGCAUCAGGGACGCGCCAUACGUGAUGAAACCACGGUAAAACGAUGGAUAGAUUCCAAGAAUUUCAAUUAUAUCUCAAAGAAGCAGAGGACUAACUAAGGACAACGUCUUUCUGCGACGAAUAUUGGCUACUAUGUAGCUGUGAGGUACUACGUCUUCAAAAA